UCUCUCUCUCUCUCGAAGAAGAAGAAGAAGAUCCGAGUUGAACCCACAGCGAAGAAACGUCCUUGCAGCUGCGCGCAUCUCCGUGCAUUGGGUUUGGUCGUUGUCGCCCUCACCUCACCGGUGUGCUGUGCACUUCCCCGCCUGCUUGCGUCUCGCCGUCGCUCGCCGUCCAUCCAGCCGCCGCGGCCUCUCGAGCUCUAAAGGAAUGGGCCUAUGGACAUUGCUGGAAGGUUUUUUGCUUCUCGCUAAUGCAUUGGCGAUACUGAACGAAGACCGAUUUCUUGCUUCCAGGGGAUGGAGCAUGUCUGAAGUGUCAGGAAAUGGGCAAACAAAGUCAAUGAAGGGCCAGAUCGUGGGGCUUAUCUAUGCUACGCAAUUUCUGAGGAUGCCCUUGAUAGCCCUUAAUGUUCUUAUCAUUGUUGUAAAGUUGGUGUCAGGCUGAGCCUCACUUUCUGGUUUUGGCCUUUGGGUUGGAUCGAUAUCAAUUCCAGCAUUAUGUAAAAUUUAAUUAUACUCAAAGUUGCUGGAAUUAUGUUCAUGUUGACUCUAAUGUUCUUGUAAAUUAAUUUUGGUGUGAAAAUGGUCUUUCCAACAUUUAUGCUAAGUAUGCGCGCGCGCUGCCAUUGUGAUCAAUUUGUUGGAAAUGUGUCUUAUGCGCUACGUGAGGUUAUUUUUCCUUUGUCCUUACUUAUGAAUUGCUGACACAUUUGUUACUUAUGAGCAUGUUUUAUGGUUGUCUCUCCCCAUUUUAGUGCUCACUGUUGUUUGGCAGUUGGAUACUUCUUACAGCCUGAAAGCAUUUGUCUCCCACCUCAGGCUGAGUGGUGAUACAAACCAAUCUUAUGUGUUAUAUAUUCAGCCAUGUCUGCGUUUUACCCUCAGUUUACCAGUUGCAGAUCUUUUCUAUGGAAACUACCCUGGGUCCAAUCUGGUUUUAAUUCACGUUCAGCCCCCUUAAUAUUCAGAUAUGAAGGCAGCACGUUUCAAGACAGAUGGUGAUCAAGUGGAGAAAAAAGAGUGAUGAUUUAUUCACUCAUUUCUGUUGCAACUUGCAGAGAGGUUUGAGUUACAUUCAUAUGUCAGGUAUGUAGAUGCAGCACCCCUCUUGUUCAACAAACAAUUCAGUAUCUGUAUUGGCAUACUUGUCCAUUGAACACCUUAAUAAUGUUCCAACAUAUAUUUCAUUUCGGACCUAAAGCUGUGGUGUUUUCCCAUACAAUGUUGGCAUAAAUGAUUGGCUCAUUUGGCACCAUUUCUCUAUCAACUUAUUAUGAACAUGCACACAAAAAGAUCAAGCCUACAUAAUCACAUAUCAUGGGAUAUCUCUGUACAAAUUACCCCACCCCCUCUUUUUCCUGGGAAGCUGCGCCCAUCAGAUCAUAGUUUUCAUUCCAUCACAUAGUACGACUAAUAUCAUUGUGCCCGAAUUGCAGAGCCCUUCUUAGUCAGUAUAGACACUGCACUUUUGUUAAGGUGAGGUCCACACCAAGCUCUGGCUCCACGAUGAGUUUAAGCGUUGGAGAAUGCUCGUAGUGUGGUGAGAGCUUCAGAACAAACUUGGAGAUGAUAAAGGAGAUGAGGAUCUUAAGCUCAGCCAUAGCAAAUCCCUGCCCUAGGCAGGUCCGUGCCCCAGCACCAAACGGCAAGUAUGAAUGUAGCUGGGGUUUAACAUCAGAGAAGCGCUCUGGGUUGAACUCUUUCACAUCAGCGCCCCAUAGCUCGGGGUCAAGAUGUAUUGUGGAGACAGGGAUGUAGAUGUUGACACCUU